AUGAUUGGAGUUGUGGAUCGUUUAUAUAGUGAAAUUUACAAUUUAUAUAAUAAAGGAAUAAAAUCUAUUCCCGAAAUUAUUAAAGGUUUUUUAGAUAGAAAUUUUAAAUCACCUCAAGAUAUUUUUAAAUGGUUAUUAUUUUAUAAUAAAGACAAAUCGGAUUAUAUUUGUCUUUUAGGUUUAUUUUAUCAUUUUAAUAUUGGAACUGAUGGUACUAAAGGAAAUGAAUUUGAACUUUUUCAAAAUGCUGCUGCAAGUAAAAAUUCUUUUGCCGAAUAUUUCGUCGGAAAAUGUUUUGAAGAAGGUUGGAAUACUAAAAAGAAGAGUUCAAAAGCCGUUGCCUGUUUUAAAAAAUCAAAAGAUGAAUGUCUCGCUGCUAGAUAUUCUCUUAGUGCUUACUAUUAUAGGAAACAAAAAUUUUAUCUCGCAAUUACGGAAUUGGAAAAAGCUGUUGAAAAGGGUAACGUGAAAGCAGCACAUUUACUUGGAUUGUGCUUUCAAAAAGGAAGAGGAACGAAUAUUAACGUAUCAAAAGGAUUCGAAUUAUUUAUGCGAGCUGCUGAAGAAGGUUUACCUGAAGCUCAAUGCGAACUUGGUCGAUGUUAUGAAUUUGGAAAUGGAACGGCAAGAGACUUGUCAAAAGCUCUUGAAUGGUUUAAAAAAUCAACCUCUAAUGGUUUUGAUUGUUCUGCGGAUUUAGGGCGUAAUCCUAAAAUUAAUUCAACCUUAAUUACUAUUGAAGAUUCAAGGGAGAUUAUUUCCCGUAUCGAUCCUUCACUUAAUAAUAUUGAUGCGUUUAUAAUUCCGGAUAAACUCAAAUUACUCCUUAAAGGGAAAGUUGAUGGGUUCGGCAAGGACAUUUUAUUUAGAAAAAUACAAAAAAUUGAAAGAACUAUUUUAAUUUUACAAAUCAAAGACUCCCCCGAAGUAAUUGGGGGUUAUAAUCCUUUAAAGUGGAAAAAACUCGGUAGUUUUAGUUCUACCGAUUCCUGUUAUUCAGAGACUCGUGAUAGUUUUAUUUUUUCUUUAAAACGAGGAAAUUUAGAAAAUGCAAUUUUUUCGAAAAUUGCAUUUUCUAAACGUGCUAUAUAUCAUGAAAAAGGUCUUGGUCCGUCCUUCAGUCUUGACCUUUUCAUGGCUUCUGGUAAAAAAGGGAAAACUUGGGGGUGUUAUAAAUCUGAUUACGAAUGUAAAAUUCGUGAUUUAGAUGGGUCAUUAGAAAAUUUAAUUUCUGGUAAAGAAUUAAAUUUACCAGAUUUACCUAAUGUAGUUGAAAAUAAGAUUGAUUAUCUUAGACCUCCAAAUGUACAUCGUAACUUGGUUAUAUCAGAUUCUUCUCGAUCUAAUAAUGAUAUCGAGGAUAUUUUUAUAUAUCGGGCGUGA